GUGCAUGUGCUGCACACGCCCGCCUCGACUCGCCCACAUGACCAUUUACGAUCUAAUAAGCCUUACUUUAAUAGUUUUACGAUUUCAACUUGACCAAAAUAAAACUCAUGUUCAGCUGUAAUUAUGUGCAAGCAUUUGGUGUUAGUUCCCUUGGACACGAGUGAGUCUGCGAUGAAAAAGACGUGCAAGCCAGCAAUGCUGGGCAGGAUCUGGCAAGCUAGCCGGCGGGCCUUGAACUUGGAACAUUCUCCCCCCCAAGUAUUCGCUUGUAGUCAGUGGCAGAAUGGAUCACAUCCAGUUACAUCCUAUUUGGUGUACAGGUGGCUACUCUUCCUCACUGUCCUAUCUAUUGGAAUAUCAAGUUUCGCCUGUCAACGUCUCCCACGGCUGUACAAGGGGCCGAAGGUGGAACUGAAUUACUUCAAGUGGUUCAUAUACUUCACCAACUGGGGCUACUUACUCAUCGUAGUGCAGGCAGGUCUUGCGCUUGCUGUGGUCCAUCGAUACAAAUCACAAAGAUCGUUUAAUAUACCAUGUGAAGAUGAGGAGAUCCCGAUGCCUCGUCGUCAGAGGACACCGUUGCUGUGUCGUUCGUACUGGUUAGCUCACACCGUCGCAACUGACCUGGCUUUCGUCAUCACGCUCAUCUAUUGGACGUUGGUGCAUGAUCCUAAAAUCCAUGAAAUCAAUACCCUCAAUCUACUGGUUCACGGCGGCAAUUCACUUGUAAUGCUGUUGGAAUUAUCCGUCACUGCUCACCCAGUACGCGCUGCGCAUGCAUUGUUCGGCGCCGGCGCGGGCCUCGCAUACGGUGUCUUUAGCGGCUUCUACUGGGCGGUUGGGGGUACCGACAGAAUUGGUCUUCCGGCUAUAUAUCCAGCUCUUGAUUGGAAUAAACCAGCAUCAGCUCUGGGCUUCGUAGCACUUUGCGCAGCGGUGAUGAUGUUCGCGCACGGCGUGGCAACCUGUCUUGCUUAUGCUCGCUCACGGCUGGCUGCGAGACUGUUGCCCGCCCGCACUCGGGCCGACCGACUCACGCUACCCACGCACUGAGGAUCGAGAAAACGUAGAUACCGCGUAAAGAACUACAGGAACGCUUACAGUUAUAGGUUUUAGGGAGUAAGUGUAAAUUCUUAAAUUACAUUCCUUUAAGGAUUGUUGUGAAAACGUUUGCUGAGCGAUGAACUAUUUUAAAAAUAGUGUGGAGUGAUAAUGAAAUACGGUUUCAGCCGGUUUUAAUGACUUCCAUGACGUGUUAAUUUUAAUAACCAAAACAGUGAAAAUAGUAAAUUAGAAUAACUGAAAUACAAAACUUAUAUUAAUCGAAUGCCUAAAAUGUGUGUACUAGUUCUAUGAAUGCUUCUU